AUGUCGUUACCCGUAAAAGUUCCGACUUUUAGAGUGACCCGAAAAAACCCGGAGCUUCUCCGGCCAGCAAAGACCACACCCCACGAAUUCAAAUCUCUUUCCGACAUAGACGAUCAAGAGGGCCUCCGUGUCCAGAUUCCUGUCAUGCAGUUCUACUGUAAAAGCCCGUCCAUGGAAGGAAAAGACCCGGUUGGGAUUAUCCGGGCGGCUGUAUCAAGGGCGUUGGUUUACUAUUACCCAUUGGCCGGGCGGCUGAGAGAGGCCACCGGCAGGAAACUGGUGGUGGAGUGCACCGGCGAGGGAGCUUUGUUCAUUGAGGCUGAUGCUGACGUGUCGCUUGCGGAGUUUGGAGUCAGCCCUCAGCCACCGUUCAAUUGCUUUGAAGAGCUGCUUUACGAUGUCCCAGGCUCUGGCGGCGUUACCGGUUGUCCGUUGAUACUAAUUCAGGUCUGA